GUUUGAACAAGAUGGCGUCUGGUAGAAAGGUGUGUUAGCAGAGUGUCUUUGUUGUGUUUUUAAAGUGUGAACAUGUCUAAAGUCCAAAUGCUGAGAUCGUUGGUGAAGCAGCGACUAACUGCGGCUGCUGAAGAGAUAUUUGGGCUGUUUGAAAGAACGAUAGCAGAGUACGAGGAGGAACUUUGUCGAUCAAAAGAGGAGAACGAGCGACAACGGAAACUAAUGGACGCUGUUUUCAACCCUCAGCUUCGGUUACACAGAGCAGACGUCCAGCAGCUGUCGGUGGUUAAAGAAGAGGUUCCCCCUGAGCAGCAGGAGUGGAGCUCCAGUGUGGACCAGGAGGACCCAGAGCCUCCACACAUUAAAGGGGAACAGGAGGAACUCUGGAUCAGUCAGGAGGGAGAGCAGCUUCAAGGGCUGGAGGAGGCUGAUAUCACCAAGUUCAUAUCCACUCCUGUCCCUGUGAAGAGUGAAGAUGAUGAAGAGAAACCUCAGUCCUCACAGCUUCAUCAAAGACACACUGAGCAGAUGGAAACAGAAGCAGAAGAAGAGGGUUGUGGAGUACCAGAACCAGCCGGGAACUCAGAUCCAGAUACACAUUUACAACCAGAGACUGAUGACAAGACUGGAGCAUCUUCUGAACCUGAGACUGAUGACAGUGAUGAUUGGAAGGAGACCAGAGAACCUCAGUCAGGUUUAAACUCUCUGAAAAAUGAUGAAGUCUCUGUCAGUGAUUUGAUUGCUGGUGAGAAACCAUUUAGAUGCUCUGAGUGUGGGAAAAGAUUUGGUCGAAAUCAUCAUCUGAAGGACCACAUGAGAUCUCAUACAGGAAAGAAACCAUUUAACUGCUCUGAGUGUGGGAAGCUAUUCAGUCGCAGUGGAGUUCUGAAGAUACACAUGAGAUCUCAUACAGGAGAGAAACCAAUUAACUGCUCUGAGUGUGGGGAACGAUUUAGACACAGUGGAAUUUUGAACACACACAUGAGAUCUCAUACUGGAGAGAAACCAUUUAGCUGCUCUGACUGUGGGAAACAAUUUUGUCACAGUGGAGGUCUUAAGAUACACAUGAGAUCUCAUACAGGAGAUAAACCAUUUAGAUGCUCUGAGUGUGGGAAAGGAUUUAGUCACAGUGGAGCUUUGAAGAUACACAUGAAAUGUCAUACUGGAGAGAAACCGUUUUGCUGUCCCGAAUGUGGGAGAGGAUUUCGUGAAAGAGGAAAUCUGAAAAUACACAUGAGAUCUCACACAGGAGAGAAACCAUUCAGCUGCUCUGAGUGUGGGAAAAGUUUUCGUCAAUCUCAACAUCUGAAGAAACACAUGAAAUGUCAUGCAGUAGAGAAACCAUUCAGCUGCUAUAAGUGUGGGGAAAGAUUUGAUGACAGUGGAGUUCUUAAGGUACACUUGAUGUGUCAUACAGGAGAGAAACCUUUUAGCUGUUCAAUUUGUGGAAUGUCAUUUAGUCAAAGUGGAAAUUUCCUUGGACACAUGAGAACUCAUGAAGGAGAAAAGUGAUUCAGCUUUCCAGUUUGAAAAAAACAAAUAAACCCUAAAACUUUUAUUUGGGAUAAAAUUGUAACAGCAACCAUGAGAACUCAUACAGGACAAAGACUUUUCAGCACCAGGGUUUGUAUGAACUCUUUAACACAGACUGGACAGUUACACAAACGUGAAAACCUGCACGGGAGAGAAACCUUUAUCUGCAUUGUUUGUCACCACGAAAGAUUCACUUGGCGGGGCAUCAGUGGCUUCGUAGAUAGUGCUGGUGCCCCAUGUAUAGAGGUGAUGCCUCGCUGCAGCGGUCGCAAGUUUGACUCUGGCUUGUAACCCUUUGCUGCAUGUCGUCCCCCCCAUUCUCUUUGUCUCCCCAUUUCACACUGUCCUGUAUAUUAAAGGCAAAAAGCCCCAAAAAAUAAUCUUUAAAAAAGAUUCACUUGGCCUGAACAACUCCGAAACCAUUAGUGUGUUAUUGGUCAGUCCUGUAACAGCCUCAUCAAACACAAACUGAGGAGAGCACAGAGGCAGAGCCUCCAGCCAGCAGCUCAGCUCCACAGAUGGAAACAGAAGUUGAAAGAGAGGACUCUGGAGGACCAGAAUCAGCCAGAUACACAUUUUCAACCUGAGACUGAUGACAAGAUGGAAGACUCUCCUGAUCCUGAGACGGAUGACAGUGAUAAUGAUUGGAAGGAGAACAGAGAACCGCAGUCAACUUUAAACUCUCUGGGUUCAUCCCAAUAUCCCUCCUCGACUCCUCCGUCCUCUACUCUUGAUCACUUGACCCGGAAAUCGAUCGAUACCCACCAUCUUGUAGGACGUCUCAGUUCGUUAAAUGCACUCCGAGGAGAGAGGAGGCUUUCAGAGGAGAGGGAAGCAAGGAUACACGAGUGCAGCCUUCGCGGCAGUCUUUUACCAACCGACACACCACCCUGAUUGGAUAUCAGUUAUUGAUUGGACAGCUGAUCGGACUGAUCUGAUACACCCCAAUAUCACUAGAGUUUCAUACAGUGAAGACAGAUAACAGAUGAAACUCAAAUGUGUCACUGACAAGUUUUGUAUUUUAUUUGUUUUGUGAUUCGCCAUUGAGUUAAAAAUCUGAACAAGAAAACAAAAGAAACGACUUUCUUCAUUUAUUGGGAAAACUUUUCUCUUCACGAUCUGUUAUUUCCCUCAUCAACUUUUAUUAUGGAUACAAUUAAAGAGCCUGUCUGUCAGCAAGAAACACUUUAACAUCACCAACCGUCAUUUCCAUUCAGUCACACUGAGGCUGAUCAUUCCUGAGCGUCGGGUUGAUGAGUUGAUGAGUCAGUCUGAAUUUUCCCUGAAACAUUUGACCUAAUAAAUUAUUUCCAGUGUUCAAAGACACCAUGAUCAUAUUCUGUGUUAUUAAAUGAUGAACUCAAUCAGAAUAUGCAGAUGUUAAUAAUGAAUAAAUCAUAUACACACAUUGUGUGACUCUGAGCAGGACACAGGACAGAUUAUAAAUACAGUACACAGGUUGUUGUUCAUGUGCAGGUGAUUGUGAGACAGAAAACACUGCUGCUCUGCUACUGAGAACUGGAUCUGGAUCUGUAUCAUUAUAUAUAUAUAUAUAACAUUAUGUGUGUGCAGUAACAAACUCUAUUAAAACUUUCUAUAGCUGUUCAUAAAGCCUCCUGACAGCUGAUCCAGCUGUGAUCAGCUGCCACCGUCAUUAGAAACAGUCGCUUCACAUGAUGCUUCAGAGGAAAGGACGUCUCAUUUCUCUAAAGAUAUAUCUCCUCGUUUCUUCUCUGCUAGCGUUUCAUCCUCGCAUCUUUCCCCGUGUCCUACGAGGGUGGAGCUAAGACGCGAGGAAGACACGCAAGUGAGGGAAACAUGGAUGCGAAAUCUGGUUUUGGGAUGAACCCUCUGUGUCCCCUCUCGAAAUUCAGAGGUUUUUACGGGUUUUGGAUGCAGCGCAGGCAGAAGUCUUCAUGAGUUGCCUUCUUUUUUCCUCAGCAGCAGCAGUGUAAGUCGUGGGGUACGAUAUGGGGCACCAGAUGUUGAUAUCGUGACAGACCAUAAAUAAAUAAAUGUGGGAAA